UCAAACGAAAACUUUGCAGCUAAGAAAUUUCGUAGAUUUUUCAUUUUCAGUUAAUUCAAAUAAAAUAUUUUUUAUUUGAUUUUGCUGUCCAAAUUAAACAACAUUUUUAUCAGUUAGAGCUUUUUUUUCAUUCUAUUAUUAACUAAAGAAGAAUUUCCAAAUGGAUAAACCACUAAAUAAGAGCAAUGAGUCAACCAUUUCAACAACCGGUACUACUGGCUCUCCACAGUUUUCCGACAACUUGGAGAACAACGUAAAGUACAUAAAUUUAAAUUUCGUGGACAAUUCGGAGUCUUCAAGUCAGGCCAAAGAUGCAGGUGUUGAAUUCCAAAAGAUUCCUCAAACAUAUGAAGCUGUGACUUCGAAGACCACAAAACCACCACCCAGUAAAAUUUUGCCAUCCAACAUUCCUUUGCCAGGCAAAUAUGAGAAUCAGAAACCAAAAACAGUUUGCACGCUCAAAGAAAAAUCUCUGCUUGAAAUGGGUUUUAAAACAAAUGAAAUACAAGGUUGGGAAGACAUUGUCCAACCGCCCAAAGAGAGUCUCUACAAACUCUUACGUAACAUGAUCGACAAUCACAUCAAACCGAAUGUGCAGAUACGUAUCGGGGGCGUCACCUUCAACUGCCACAUGAUGGUGUUGCAGUGCUACUCAGAUUUCUUCAUGGAAUGCAACAAUGAGGUACUAAUCCAAUUGCCGGAGGAGAAGAUAACACCAGGCGCUUUCAUGAUGGUCUACGACUGGAUGUUAGCCGAGGAGCCGUUGGUGCAACGUGAGGGCAUACUGGAAUUAUUCAAUGCAGCCAAUUUUCUACGCAUCAAAAAUCUGGUGAAUCAAUGUUGGCUCUGCUUGGACGAUGAUGUGCGCUUCCGCGAGGACACAGCAUUUCUACUCUAUCUGGAGGCACGCAAUUAUAAGCUUGAGAGUUUGGAGCAGUUGAUGCUGACAAGAAUUUGUAAAUUUUUCCUCACACUUGUUGCUUCAAAAGAGUACUUGGAGUUGACCACCAAAGAAAUUUGCACGCUUUUGAGCUCCAAUACGAUUGGCGUGAAUUCGGAAAUCGAGAUUUUCAUGUCGAUUGUGCGCUGGCUGAACUACAAUUGGGACGAACGUGAGGCGGAUAUGCUAGAAGUGACGAAAUGUGUACGUUUCAGUUUGAUGCCGCCUUGGUUCCUUGUGACUCUAAACAAGAAUAUUGACUGCGUUGAGAUAGAUCGUAUUGCCAGUCAUCCGGAGGUGAAACGCAUGAUCAACGAUGGCAUUUCCUACACAACAACUCAAUUGUAUUAUGGUGAGAAUCGUGAAGAAUUUCUCCACUUUCUGGAACGCUAUCAGCUGGUUGCACCGGUUCAACGUCAGUGGGUUUUCGACAAGGAAUGCAAUUAUCACCAUCGACUCGAAUGUCCGAAUAUGCAGUACGUGACAUACAAAUCUUUUCUCGAAUAUAUUGAAAUGAUACAUACUAUUGGGAAGGACUAUUGGCGCUCGCUGGAAAUGGCUAAGAGUGUGGAGAAGACGAUGCAGUGUUGUGUACGCUCCGAUUGCCGCAAAUUGAACGGAAAAAAUUUAGCCUCCAUUUUCACGAUGCAAUGUCGCGAUCAGGGUGUACAAGUAGAGACCAGUUUGAGGCAGCGCAAGCCGUUUGCCAGAGAUCAACGGUAUCACGGUGAGCAAAAUAUGACUGUGCUGAACUCUUCAAGUCUCAAAAAUUGCAGCAAAAUGACAACUACCCAGGUUCCGCCUUCCACGCCGACUAGUUGUCACGAAUUCACUUACAUAGCACAAUGCGAACAACACCACCACCAUAACAACAAUCGGCAUCAGCAACAACACCUUCGCCACUUGCAAGAACAAAACCAACAGCAAUCAACAAACUACAAUUACAACUACAACAAAAACAAUACCAUUAAUGACAUUGCCAUUCCGACAGAGCAGCAUGAAAUGAAAUGUGACGCUCACCGGAUAUUGAAUGAUGAAUACGAACAAGUCGGUGGUGAAAUGAAUCAUUGUGUUGAAGGCGGUUACAUUUGUCGUGGUGUGAGUAGUGUGGCUGGUGGCAGAGGCGAUAUCCCUAAGACAAUGAUACCAACAACACAAUUGCAUACAAAAGCCUCUCAAACGCCAUGUAACAAUGUUAGGGAAUCAAAAGCAACAUGUCCGCCACGUAUAGAAAAUCACAAUGAGCAGCGAAUGGCGCAACAGAGUGAGAAGCAACACAUGAUACAAAUAGUGCAAGCGCUCAAGAGUGUUAUGCCAACUGCAGAGGAAGUCGAAUUUAAAGCCAUAAAAGGUCGUAAAAUACUAAUAUUCGGCGGCAUCGAUCCAUACUGUCAGCAUUGUCUACGGGACAACGUGAUGACGACAUUGCAGCAGCAACGCAAAAAUUUUAAAGUUUUGGGUGGCAGUGAUGCGGACAACAUGGAGCCAUUGCAUAAUCACAAUGGCGUCGGUGGUUGUGGUACUUGUGGCGGUGUAGAUUCGCAAGCCAAUCGGCCACAGAAUUUUGGUGAUCGUGUGCUUUACUACGUUGCUGGUGCUAAGCAGUGGAAGCACUUGUGUUUCCUACCAUUCGGCUCACGUCAUCAUCAUGCUGCUCUUGUUUGCAACGGACUCAUUUACAUUAUAGGGGGCACAAAGACGGCGCUGGGAUGUACAAAGAAGUCGAUUUUCGAAAAAUCUGUAUGGAGCUUUGAUCCGCAGACUAUAAAAUGGACGUUUGAGUGCAAUUUGCCUGAACCGCGCCGUGACUUUGCGGCAAUUGUGAGCGAUGAGUUCUGUGGCGGCGAAGUUGCUUGCGAACGUUGCAAAGGCAUAAAGGAGGCGCCGAAGCAGGGAAAUGGCAAAUGCGCUAAUGGCUUCUUCGUGAUUGGUGGUGAAGGCGUUAAUGAAACUGCAUUGCGUACGGUCUGGUAUUACAAUAUUCUGCACAAAACAUGGAAAAAGAAAGCGCCACUGAAUGUGGGCCGCUAUGGCCUUAUGGCUGCCAUGGUGAAUAACGAGAUUUGGAUAGCUGGCGGCAUAAUCGAAACGAAAACGAGAGCAUCCGCCGAGAGUGAUUGUUUCGCUGGUGUUUCCACUACAGCAGUGGAUAUAAAUGGUGGUGGUGGUGGUGGUGGCGAUGGCGUCGGCAAUGGCGCGGCAAAAGGCGGCAAUGGGAGUGGUGACAGCUUUGCUGUCGAAACAACAAAAAGUGCAGUCGUGGACGUAAUCACCGAUUCGAUGGAGUAUUACAGUUUGAAGUGUGCCUACGGCGACGAAUACGUUUCGGAUAUGCCGAUGCCCAGAGCCAAUGAUGUGAAUGGUGGUGAUGCUGCUGCUGCUGCUGCUGCUGUUGAUAUCGGUGAUGGUAGCGAUAUUGGUGAUGGCACUCUGCCUACUCUUAGACGGCGUGGUGUGAGUGUCGAUGGUGGGCGAUGGAUUAAAGGCAAGCAGCAUUUGCGUAUUCCCCGUUUAUUUGGAAAAUUUUGCAGACCAUCUGAGAAGGAAUUGUAUCUCGUUGGCGGCAUUGGCUUCAAUUCGGAUGGUAUUCUGACUUCAUUGUCAUCCGUGGACCACUAUAACUUUAGUGAGGGCCAUUGGCAUCACUACGGCGAUAUUAAAUGGGGCAGACAUGGCCACGACAUCGCCACACUUAAUGACCGAAUCGUUAUAAUUGGCGGCGUCUCCACCAUCAAAAGAUACACACUGACGAAAGUGGAAACGUUUUGCAUGAAAACGCGCCGAAACUUUAAAGAUAUGCCCGACUUGCCAUGGCCUCUAUCUGGCAGUGCUGUGCUCGCCUUGGAUUGAUUCGUUUAGAGAAGGGCAGUGUUCGUUGACACUAGCAGCUAUUAAUGCACACUUUUAUUUCAGAGUUGGUCUU